AUGGCUGUAGCGGUUGGUUCGCAAACCAAAAUGUGGGGUUGGGGGGGUUCACGACAGUGCGAGAGGCAGCGCGUAAUCAAGAGCUACUCCAAAGUAUCCAUAACCGGCUUCAGCAGCAGCCAUUUUCCUCAUGGUAAUCAUGAUGGCGUGUACACAGUAAGAAAGACUUUGGGCAUAGCCUGUGUUGAUCAAAUUCAGGAAGAUGAACUGUGUUGCAAAGAGGAAGCAAUAUAUGAUCAAUACUGUAUCUCUCGGGACCAUUACUUGAGUCUCUAUCUUCAAAGCCGAAUCCGGUCCAGUGAUUACUAA